GGGAGGAAAAAGCAGCGGAGCAGUUUCUCCUGUUUACAACAACACAAUGGAGCCAAAAUGGACACGUCCCGUCUGCCACCGUGUCCUCCUGACUGGAUUUACGCUGUGUGUGCUGCUAGUCACAAAACCCACGUCUGCGAUCGACAUCUACGCCGACUCGGAGGUGAUGAUGCAGAACGGCACCACGGGGGUUCUCCGGUGCACCUUCAAGUCCAAUGAAGUCGUCAGCAGCCAGACCUCGGUGACCUGGAACUUUCAGUCGAGUCAGCCCGAUAACAAGUUCUCCAAAGCUCCGUACGGGAUUUUCUACUUUUCGCAAGGAAAGUCGUUCCCGGGACCGACCGAGUUCAAAGACCGACUGAAGUUCAUCGGAGACAUCAACAAAAGAGACGUUUCCAUCCAGCUGAGUCCGGCUCAGUUCAGUGACAACGGAACCUUCUUCUGUGACGUGAAGAACCCGCCGGACAUUACAGGAACACCGGCUCGAACGGAGCUCAGGGUCGUUCUGAAAGAGUCUUCCGCUCAGAGCAACACUCACAUGAUCAUUGGAAUAGUGUGUGGAGCUCUAGCUCUGCUCGUCCUCAUCGCUGUGUCUGCCUGCAUCACCAUGAGGGUUCUUCACAACCGCCACGACUACGAAGGAUGCACGUCCUUGGAAAGCAUGAGCUCUCAGGCGCCGCAGCCACGAAAGAAGGUGGAGUCGGGCCUGGAGGGCUCCAAGAGUACCAUUCCCCUGGGUCCACUACAGGGCCCGGUGAUAUACGCCCAGCUGGAUCACUCGAACAGCAAAAACUCGUUCCAUAAGAUGGAGCCGGUCGUCUAUGCUGACAUUCGUAAAAACUGAAGAGGAACAGGGGACCAAAAUAAGACAAAAAUGAAAAAAACAGAUGAAAAUCACAGUAAAGUAUCAGACCUCUCUAUCAGCUGCUCUCGGGAAGGGUGGGAUUAUUUCAACAGGGACAUAACCGGUGCAGUUUCCUUUUAUUUGUAUCUCUCAUCCUCUGAAAGCAUGACGCUGUUACGUGAUAACACAAAGUCUCCACGAGCUUUAUCGUGAAGACAUGAACAGCAUGAGGCGUCCUCGUGGACACCACAACACUACAUCACUCCAUCACUCCAUCACAUCCGCCUGGAGGUUGCUCUCCGACACAGGGAUCAACGUGAAAAUCUAAAUAUCAUUCCACACGUGUCGAGAUGAUUUGUUAAAGUCAGAAGGUUCUGGAAACUGUUGCACCAGCCGAACACGAGUCUGAGCCUUUAAGUGUCACAGCUGAAGUCACGUGACCGAAGAAGUACAUCCAAUUGAGAAUAUCAACAUUUCUUUUAUAUAUAUUUGUGCAUAUUAUCCUUUUUUAUAACAUUUCAUUAAUUGAACUAGAAUAUCAACCGAUGUGAAACUCCCCCCUCAGCUUCAGAAGCUCACACGGCCUGUUUUACAGAAAUAACUUCUUGUAGGUGUGUUUGCAUAACUGUCCAUCAGUCAGUCUCUGGGCUGCUGGCAGUUCACUUCCAUGCUAAACGCCUUCAGCUGAAAGACGUUUUAAUUUAUUGUCUACGGCCAAAAACAUUCCUCUGACUCUGAAAUUGUUCAAGUUUAAGACAAACGUUAUUUUUCCGGGGACAUCACAAAGUUCCAAAGAGGAUCAAGUGUUUGCUUGUUCGAAUUUAAGUUAAAAAAAAGAAUCCUUUGCCCGGAUUAGUUUUUUCUGGACUCUUAGUAUUUCUUUACUAAAUCAAUGCUUGUUAAAUUAUUUUGGCAGAAACGGACAGAUUUUAUUUCAGGGCUGCAUUUAAAUGAAAUGGGAGAGAAAACCACUACAAACAAUGAAUCCUGUCACAUGUGAAGUAGCUUCAGGACGCAUUGGUCACAUGACCAGCACCACUUCAUCAUCCACCAGUCGGCUGAGGCCUGUACCACACGCGGCUUUGGUCAUAAACUGCAAACACAUCAUUAACAGUAAAGACGGAGCUCAUUCGAUGUGAGAAAACAAAUCUUUUGAGGAAUAUAGGCCAUUUUUAUUUAAAACAAAAAGUCAGUUUGGGACUAAAUACAGUUUUAUUUAGAGCCAGGCCGAUUUAGAUUUUGUAAAUUAGGAAGUAAAAACAUUUGGUAACAAUUAUCAAACCCUCAUGACCGAGAGGAUAUUUUCCAGUUUAGUUAUAAACUGUAUUCUUUCCUGUAUUGUUUAUUCUGUAAGAUAAGAACCUUUCAUAUCAGCAAAUGUCUCUGAAAGACUCAUUAAGUUAUUUGAAUCAGCCGACAGAUAAUCAGUCGACAUGUAAAACACGUCAUAAGAAACAAACCUCUUCCGUGAGACAGAAAAUGUCCCGAUCUCUGCUCGUCCCCCAGCUGGUGCAACAGUGAACUGGAACCACAGCUCACUUCAUCUCCACAGUUCCAUAGUGAGUUUGUUUUGUUGGGGCAAAGUUAGACUUCCAUUGCCCUUCAGUAACCUUGCAUGCAGCUCUAAUAACGCUGUGUUGCUGUGAAUGCUCCUGUAAACUUCCGGCAUGUUGUUAAGGUACCUUUUUUAUUAAUAAAACAAAAAACACUGCCUCCUUUUCGAUUUUCACUUCAGUUGAACACGUUUCUGCUUCAAACGACUUUCUGUCUGCUCAGUAUUUGUCUUAAUUGGUAAAAAAAACAUUAAUUAUCUGCAUGGUUAUAGGUGUAAUUUUUGAAUAAAAGAUAAUUGCUGCUUGUGGCGAAUUAUCUUUUAAAUCUUGAGCAAUUUCCAAAAGAUGCACGAUGAAAAGAAAUGUUCAACUGAGGUGAAACGUCUCCUAUGAAAACAUGGGAGCUCUUAUUUGUUGGACAGAACAAACGCUAAAUACACUGUUUGCAUGCAACUUACUAACAGAACAAUCAUUAUUAUGGGAAUAUGCGUAUUUCUUUCUUCAUCUUCAUGUCAUGUUAAGCUCUUUUUUAUUUUAUUUUUUAACACUAAUGGGCCAAAUAUCCGACAGUUAUAUUAGGUAAGUUCUCCUGAGAUGCUUGAGCUUUACAAUGCAUUCCAAAUUAGAUUUUCUUUUUUUUUUGCCAAAAUGUCAUGUUGUUAUUUCUCUUUUCGUUUAAACGGUUUCGUUUGCAUAUGAACAAGAUGUUUGUUGUGUCGUGACCAGUCCAAAUGCCUUCAGCUUCAGCUUGUGAUUCCCGAAUGCAGUAACACGUCCUCGCUGACCAGUCCUUGUAUAUAUUUCUUGCUCGUGUAAGAUAUAGUGCCGUUUACUGUAACUCAUUCCAGUGUGGUGUGGCUGUGGAUGUCUUUCCAGGGAAGGAAAGUUGUUUGCUGUAGAGGUCUAGAGAGUUGGUGGCAUGCUUGAUGUAUUUUCCCUUUUUUCUUCUAAGUCUUAAUUAUGUGUCAGCGGGCGCUUCAACGUAUUCAGCGCCUGCAGAGAGAGGGUUGAACCUGUCGGCUCAAAAUGACGAAUCAGACUUCUUCAGUCGACUGUUUGUAGAGAAAAACACCAAACUCACGUGUCGCAUUAAAACCAAAUGACCCAUUGCUUGGAUAAUAAGUGAAGAUUCCUGAUAGAACAGCUCUGAAGUGGCAGAGUGAGUCUUGCUGCCUUGAUCUAGGACUGUAGCCAUGUUUGCUGUGAAGCUAAAACACAAUCAGUGGAUAGAACAGAGCUUUGUUCUCCUCGAGGAAUGAAAAUCAAUUAACACAAUGCAAAAAAAAAAAAUUUGACUGCACAAAUAAUACAAUUAUUGUGAUAUGUAGAUAAAAAGGAAGAGAGAAACUUGACAUUUUGUAGUUCAUGUGCUAACGCUAUCGUGCUGCAAAAAUGGGGCCUAAUAUUCUUCAGCGAUGAUGCUAACAUGCUAGCGUUGAUGCCGCGUUUAAGUCGCAUCAUUUUAAACACUCACAAAUGUAUCGCUGUCUGUGGCGUUAAAACAAAAUCCAGUUAUAACACUAAAAAUUCAUUCAGAACUGUAACGCAACAAAAUAAGCUAAUAUUGGCUAGACAGGUUUAUCGGACUACAAGGUUAGGACUGAGUUUAGGGCUUAAGGCGGAAUAUCGCUUAACUUGAUAUUGUGACAACUUGUGAAACUUGAGGGUGUAUUUGGGUGUGGCUACAAAUAUCACACCUGUAACCACACCCACUAGUGAUGUCACGGCGUACUGGCCCCACCCUGAAGUUCGAUGCAGGGAGAGAAGUUCGGAGGUUUGCGAAAUCAAGGUUUUCAGCUGCUGCAGAGAUUCUCCUUAACUCGCAACAGUUGUAAAAUUUAGUUUCUUUUCAUAUCAUGCUAGCAUUUAGCAUGUUAGCAUGAUACGUUAGCAAUAAUAGCUGAGAUUCACGGAAGUGCUGUGAUUUGUUUUGGGGUGAAUGAAUUAAGUUGAAGCUGAAAUGAGCAAGCAUGCUAGGUCCCCCUAUUUAUCAUUUCUUAACGUUAACUCAAUGCUUUAAUCUUGUUUACUAAUAGCAUCAUGUAAAAUACGCCUUAAUAUGUUGCUAAGUUAUAGUUUCUGAUAAAUACUGAGAAUUAACCCUUUGAUACACAAGCUGUGCAAACUCCUAACGCACAACGUGGGUCAAAAAUGUUAUUUCAUGCAUAGCUGAGUGUUUGCCCAUCAAGUAAGAACGGAAAAAUAAAUAAAUGAUUAUUGAUGAUCAAAACAAGUAGUAAGUAAUACCUGAAAAUGCUAAAUUACUAAAUUAAUUUACGUCAAGAUUUCGGAAAUACAAAGUGCGUCGGGUCACUAUUGACCCACGUUGUGUAUCAAAGGGUUUGUAAACACUUCAGAUGCCUUAAUAUUUGCUCACAGUUACGUAAAGAUGUUUACAUAACAAAAACGUUUUUUUAAAAGUAAAAAAGUCAGGAAUGAUGCGUACGAAUAUGAAUGUUAGGACCAAAUAUCGAGUAAGAGCCACAUUGUGCUUUUCAAAUGUGGGAAAUAUUUUUUUGUAAAUAUAUAUUUUCCAUCGUUACACUUGUGUCUUAAAAUGUAGUCAGUUGUUAUUUCUAUUCACUAAGUUCUCUGUGUCGCUGUUAAACACUCAUAUUUAAACACUCAUAUUUAAACACUCCAUAUUUCCAUAACCAAACUGUCUGACUGAAGAAAAUCUCGAUUCAUUUUGUUCUGACCGGUUCUUCGCCGCUCGGCGCUGUGUCGCCUUCCAGACGUGUCCCUUCUGUAACGUCUCGUGUUAGCUUCUGUCUGUUACUUUACUAGCUAGCAUGUAUUUCAACGUAUUCACCAAAACGCGAGACAGAAAACAAACCUGUAUGAUACCGACGAACCUUUUACUGCUGGUCACUUUGCUCCUGUUCCCUGACUUGUUGCCGUGUUCCAGUGCUGUCGUUAGAAAUUGUGAUGUAAACUAUAAAUUAUGAACAAUUUCCAACCGGACCGAGCUCACGCAGCGUUUCGGGGACUGGGAGUGAAUUCACACGCUGCCACGUUCACUCCGCUCCCGACGAGUCUUAAAGUGCGUACUUAGUGUCUUUCGAUGGUAAAUAGUUGUGUGUUAUUUGAGAGUUGUUUGGUAUGUUUUGUUGUAAAACCUGCACUAUGUCUUGCGUAUCAAAGACAACAAAUGCCCUGUGAUUUUUGUUUUUGUUUUUCGUUCAUCUCCGAGUGACCUUGGCCUGUUUAACGUCCUUAAAACUGGAAUGUUGUACAUUUAGUGCCUUUUACAUUUCAUCAGCUAACUUGAACAUCUGCUCAAAAUAGAAAAGAUAAGAUUCAUUUAUUUUACUUUUAUUGUAUGUAUUUUUUUAUACACAUAUCGCCUCUGUAUCCACUGUUCAAAUUUUAUAUAAAACCUAUU